AUUUAAUAUUAAUUCCAUAUGAGUUGGAAAAAACUUCUGUCAUUAAAUCCAAUCGAAUUUGUAGACCAAUAAUUAGCUAUUUGCAAAGGAGAACUUCCAAAAGGCUUAAGAGGAUCAUUAUAUAGGAACACAGUUUCAACAAAAAAGAGAAGAAAUGGAUUUCCUGGGCAUUUAUUUGAUGGGGUUUGAUUAUAAAUAUAUCGAUUAGGAUGGAGUGAUUUUGAAGAUAGAAUUUAAGGAAGAUAGGGCAAUUGCAACCUAUAAAUUUGUUUAAAGUGAAGGAUAUGUAAAUGAAUAAUAAAGAGAUGGUAUAUAAAUUUUAUUUAUAAUUAGAGUAUAUUUAUGCUGGUUUGGGUAGAACUUAUACAGGAAACUUUUUUACCAAAAUAUUCAAUUCUUUCUCAUUUAAGAAUCCUGCUAAUACAUCAGUAUUACCUUUAAAGAGUGGAGAACUUUUAGCAUUAUGGGAAGGAGGAUUACCUACAAAUCUAAAAAAAAGUGAUUUAGCUACCAUUGGAUUGACCAAUGGCAAUAGUUUAUAAAAUGCUGAUACAUUUUCUGCUCAUCCUAAAAUAGAUCCAAAAUCAGGAAUGAUAUAUAAUGUAGGAUUGACUCAUGGAAUGAAUUAAAUGGUGAAUGUGUAUGAAAUGAACUAAAAUGGGUAAAUUAUAAGAAGAAACUCUGCUUAAGUAAAUGGAAGAAGAUUUAUGUUACAUGAUUUUAUUUUAGCAGGGAAUUAUUUGAUUGCAAUAAUGUAUUCUUAAUUUGUGACAGACUUUCACAAAAUUCUGUUGGGCAGAAAGUCAUUGGGUUAAGAUGUCUUAAAUGAUGAUUCUUAAGGAAUAUAAGUGUUUGUUUUCGAUAAAUCAAAAAAUCUUUAGUUAAUUGCAAAUAGGAUUAAUUAUUAAAAAUUUAAUGCUUGGCAUUACUCAAACGGCUAUGUUGAUUAAAAUGGUAAUGUAGUUGCCUAAGCUAUCACUUAUCCUAAUUAUGAAUUAUACCAUAGCUUUUUUAUUGAGAAUCUACUUAAAAAUGGACUUAUUGAUUCUAAAUCCUCCUAUGAUCGUUUGAUAAUCAAUCCACUUACAGGUGAGAUAUUACAUAAAUAACAAAUACUAAAUGACUAUUUGGAGUUUCCUAUUGUCCAUGAUGAUGACGUUGGUUCAAAGUAAAAUUUUACUUAUGCAAUUAUCUAAGAAAGUAAUUUUGAAUAACUAUUUAUUAGAAAAGGAUGAUUGGUUUAAUGGAAUUAUUAGAAUUGAUGAAGACAACCCUUAAAAUAGUUAAAGAAGAUUUUAUUAAUAGGAGCAAUAUUUAACUGAAGCAUUAUUUGUAUAAGAUAAGAAUAAAUAAAAAGGAGAAGGAUGGUUAAUUUUUAUAAUCUUUGAUGGAUCUAUAGAUAAAUCUUUUGUUGAAAUUGUCGAUGCUUUAUCCUUCUAAUCAGUCUGUUUACUAUAAUUGCCUUAGCUUAUUGCACCCAGCUUCCAUGGUAGAUUUGAAUAUUCACAGUGAUUAAAGUGAUAUCGAAGUACAUUCAG